CUCUCUCUCGAAGGGGAAAAAAAUCAGAUUGAGGGCAAUUAUCUUGUUUUUUCUAGGGUUUGCAGGUUAGGGCAAAAAAGAACUCUUUCUUCAAGGUUUUGCAUGCGAGGAUGAAUUCGGAGAAGGAGCAGGAGACUGAGGACGCUCAUGCCGUGGGGAGGUGCCCGAACUGCGGCUACGGCGCAAGGCUGAAGAAGGUGGUGCCGUCAAGACGCCGGCAAGGCCCCGCGGAAGGAGACUGCAUUUCUCUAUUGAUGCGUGCUUUAGCAGUUGUUGCGAUGUUAAUCUGGUUAAUUAAUUGUGUGACAAAGAUGUAUAUUAAUCUUGGACCUGAAAGGCGAUGGAUCUUCUACUUCGUGGUGAUAGAGGGCAUAGCUGUUAUGGUUGGAGGUGGUCUGUUUCUAUUUUGGAAUACUGAUGAUGAAGAUUAAACGUAUUUCUUAUUUCAACUUAGGCCAUAUUUGGAAUGCAGGAGUUUUUCCCGGUUUUUGCAGGAACCGAAUUCCUACAUGCAACGUAGGCCCUUAUUGUCUUAAUGUAUGUAUUUUGCUAUUUGGUAAGGUGUUGUAUAGGAACAGUGCACUUUGAUAAGUCAUGGUUCAACUUAUGGUGUUUAUGUGAAUGUUGCUAUC